AGGAGUAAGGACCGCUCUAAAACUCGUUCUCGUGUAACAAGGUCAAUUGAUAGUAGCCACUUGACUCAAUUAUCUAGUUCAGUCGCAGUCUAGGCGCGAGACAAGUGCGUCUGUUGUGUUUGUUUACAUCAACUAUGGCGGCAACAAAAAUUGCCGGAUCACUUUUGAAACAGAACCACAGCCAUAUCUUGCCAUGGAAUUUUGCAAGAUGCAUGGGCACCUUCAAAGGCGCGGUCGCCGGUGAACCUGAGAAACCAUCGUUGAAAACUUCAGAGAUUCCUGGACCUAAGUCAAAAGAGUUAUAUUCACAGUUGGAGAAGAUUCAGCAAUCAGGAUCUGUUCAGUUGUUUGGAGACUAUGACAAAUCCAUCGGCAACUACCUGAUAGACGUAGACGGCAACGUUCUGCUGGACAUCUACACUCAGAUUUCGUCAGUUCCCCUCGGCUACAACCAUCCAGAUGUUUUCAAAGCGCUGCAGAAACCAGAGAAUCUUAGGGCAAUUCUGAAUAGGCCUGCUCUAGGAGUGUUUCCCGGAGCCGAUUGGCCAGCAAAGCUGAAGAAUGUGCUACUUAGCGUUGCACCAAAAGGUCUAAGCCACGUAACAACCAUGAUGUGCGGAUCAUGUUCUAACGAGAAUGCGUACAAAAACAUGUUUAUCUGGUACCAGCGGCGACAGCGAGGUGGCAGCACUAGCUUUAGUGAGGAGGAAAUGUCGUCCUGCAUGAUCAACCAAACCCCUGGCGCACCCCCACUGUCUGUGCUGUCCUUCAAGGGAGCUUUUCACGGACGCACGCUUGGAGUCCUAUCCACCACUCACUCCAAGUACAUUCACAAGAUAGAUGUGCCUGCGUUUGACUGGCCAAUAGCCUCAUUCCCACUGUACAAGUACCCGUUGGAAGAACACACUCGAGAGAAUAAGGCAGAAGACGAGAAAUGUCUUGCUGAGGUGUCUGAACUGAUAGAGAAAUACAACAAAGCUGGUAAGCCCGUGGCGGGAAUUGUGAUAGAACCGAUACAAUCUGAGGGUGGCGACCAUCACGCUUCCCCAGAGUUCUUCCAGAAACUUCAAGCCAUUGCUAAAGAGAACGGAGCAGGUUUCCUGAUAGACGAAGUACAGACCGGGGGAGGUCCCACUGGAAAGUUCUGGUGUCAUGAACACUUCAAUCUGCCUACACCACCAGACAUAGUCACCUUCAGCAAGAAGAUGCAACUCGGAGGUUACUAUUUAAAGUCUGAAUUUGUGCCACCUCAGGCUUACAGAGUGUUCAACACAUGGAUGGGAGAUACAGGCAAGGUCGUGUUGCUGGAAGCUAUACUGGAAGUGAUAAAACGAGACAACCUCCUUGCAACUGUGGAUGCUUCGGGUAAGGUCCUCAUGGACGGACUCGGCUCACUACAAAAGGACUUUCCCAACCUACUCAACUCUCUAAGAGGAAGAGGAACUUUCCUUGCCAUCAAUGCGCCAUCGUCAAAACUGCGAGACGAGAUGAUUUCUAGACUCAAGAAGAAAGGUGUUCAGGCCGGAGGUUGUGGAGACUUGGCUAUCAGGUUCCGACCCGCUCUUAUCUUCCAGCCAUACCACGCUGAAAUAUUCUUGAACAUUUUCCGACAGGUGGUAAAAGAAAUGAAUGGCUAAGGCUAAAUACAGUGGAGUUCGAAAAUAGCUUGUCAACACAAGUUAUGCGUUUUCUCUAUGCAACUACAAUUUAUUACUGUUUGCACAUUGAUACAAACUUAACUUGCUAACAAAGUACAUUAGACUCUUCUUGUUUGGAAAUAUGGAGACUGUUUGUGUGAUAGUCUGGGUAUACCUAGUCUAGACCAUCACAUGUAAAUACAAUUAUCAUUGAACACAUUUCAAAACAAAAUUCAUGUGCAUGUACACAUACAUAGGCACAUUAAUGAAAAUAAACGGUAUCAGCAUUCUGACACAUACUUUCUCCCAUAAGUUUGUCAACAACCUUUAUCAUGUGUAAGCGGUGAGAGUAAAUAUACGGAAAUGGGAUUUGUACAAUUUUGUUAGGACUAUAACAUACUAAAUUUUUAUCAAAAUCGUUCGGGCCAUUUUUUAGAAAAUCCAUUUUUUCCGUUAUUUUAUGAGGUUUUAUAAGAGAAUCCCCAUUAAAGUUUAAAUAAGAGUCUACUGUAGUUACAAACUAAGUAUUGCUGUUGAUCGUUUAUUGUGUAUAACAUAACUUUUUCUAUAGUCUGGACGACUUUUGAAAAUUUGAAACAGUAUUAGAGCACAACUAGUUUUUCACUUAAUUCUCAAUGCAAACAAAUUAAUUUAAAACAAAGUAAAAAUGCUGGUUUAAACAAUGAGUUAAGUUACAAACCAUUUUAGCAGCUCUAGGAGGGCUUUGGAGUAUCAAAUAUUGGAAAUUGCACAUUCAAAAAUAACCAGAACCAGUGUUGUUAUUAAUUACAAGUAUCUUACAAUUAUUUGCUGUAGGCCUAGCUUUAAAGAGCUGGCUAAGAUAUAUUUUAUGUUUUAGUGUCUGUGAUGCUAUUUAGUCUUCCACAUAAAACCGUCUUCCAUUUUAUUGUGUCUUGUAUCAAAAUGUCUUCCAUUCCAGAGCUAUGUGUACAUAAUAUUGUUAAUUGUUAUUAUUAUAGAGUGCAUUUAUUCUUAGUUUUAAUAGUUUUAUUAUUAAUUUGUUGUAAAAUGUUUUCUCAGUUUUAAGAUUUAAUUACAAAUUAUAUUUUAAACAAUUA